GGGCCUUCGCCUGCUCCCCUCGCGGCCCUAGGCGCCGCUAGCUUUGUGGUUCCUGCGGUUAGCAGGGGGAGGUCCGAGGAUGGAGGACGACAGUGGCCGAGAGGACUGCCUAGGUCGAGCCGUGUGCGUGCUGACCGGGGCCUCCCGCGGCUUCGGCCGGGUGCUGGCCCUGCUCCUGGCCCCGCGGCUAUCUCCUGGCUCCGUGCUGGUCCUAAACGCCCGUAACGACGAGGCGCUGCGGCAGCUGGAGGCCGAGCUGGGCGCUGGAUGCGCCGGCCUGCUCGUGGUGCUAGUGCCCGGCGACCUGGGCGCCGAGGCCGGCUUGCAGCAGCUUCGUGACGCUCUGCGCCAGCUCCCCAGGCCCGAAGGGCUGCAGCGAGUGCUACUGAUCAACAACGCAGGCAGUCUUGGGGAUGUGUCCAAAGGCUUCGUUAACAUAGCCGACGCAGCUGAAGUGAACAGCUACUGGGCUCUGAACUUAACAUCUAUGCUCUGCCUGACUUCCAGCAUCCUGAAGGCCUUCCCAGACAGUCCUGGCCUCAGCAGGACUGUGGUUAACAUCUCGUCCCUCUGUGCCCUGCAACCCUUCAAGGGCUGGACACUGUACUGUGCAGGGAAGGCUGCCCGUGACAUGAUGUUCCAGGUCCUGGCGGAAGAGGAGCCUAGUGUGAGGGUGCUGAACUAUGCCCCAGGGCCUCUGGACACAGACAUGCAGCAGCUGGCCCGAGAGACCUGCAUAGACGAAGACUUGCGGAAAAGGCUGCAGGUGCUGAAGACAGAGGGGAAGCUGGUGGAUUGUAGGGUGUCAGCCCAUAAACUGCUAAGUUUGCUGCAAAAGGAUACGUUCAAGUCUGGAGCUCAUAUUGACUUCUACGAUCAAUAAGCCCAGAUCCUUGGCUUCCUGGGGCUCUCUUCUCCCUCUUUCAGGCAGACCCAGAGGCCCUGUGCCUCCUCACAUACUGUCACAGUGGCACCACCAGCCCUGCUUUACACAGAUAAGCACUUGUGCCUACUGCCCUACGCCCAGACCCAGCCAGCUGCGAGGUCACUGGGGCGCCCGGUUCUCAGGAGUCUGUGUUGAGCACUCUGAGUUAGGAAGAGGUUUGUGAGAGAGAACUUAUGGGUGUUGGUGUUCUCUAGGAAUAUAAUUUUAAGAAUGGAAAAGUGGGACAAGAAGCUGAAAUACUUCAGAAGCUGAAGAGAGGGGGUUGGGUCUCUUCAUGGCCAGUCCGUGGGGAAGGUUGGGUAAACUACUUCAAAUAGGAGGGACCAGUAGAUUCAUGGGUAGCCUGGUAGGGAGGGAGGACAGUGCAAGUUUCAGCCCACAGGGAUGCCUUUUACUCAGGGUAGCAGGACUUUCUGUUGAACUUCAUGGCCUCAUUCCAAUGCCUUCUCCCUCCAGAACCUGCCCUUUGUUCUGCAGAUGGGGUUGGGGCUGAGAGUUUUUGUACAUGGCAAAGGCAGAUAAAAAUAAAAUGUGAAUUGUCCUUUA